AUGAAGACGUGUAUCGUGCUAAGCGUUCUUCUGUUUUCACAUUUGUGUAGCGGCAAAUUUCCGCCUUGGUUUAAAUUUGGUGCAGCUACUUCCUCGUAUCAAAUAGAAGGAGCCUGGAAUAUAAGUGACAAAACUCCAAGCAUCUGGGAUACAUUUUGUCACAUUAAAUAUGAUGUUAAAUGCUCCAACGCAAAUGGUGACGUAGCAGCCAAUUCCUACUAUCAGUGGGAAGAAGAUCUUGACGCCGCCGCUGACUUGGGACUAGACUAUUACAGAUUUUCAAUAUCCUGGACAAGAAUCCUACCCACAGGAUAUCCAAACAAAAUAAGCAAAGAUGGCGUUCGAUACUACAAUGAACUUAUCAACGGACUGCUCGCAAGGGGAAUCGUACCUAUGGUCACAAUGUACCAUUGGGAAUUACCACAAAACUUACAAGACUUGGGUGGUUGGACCAAUUCUCUAAUAGGCACUUGGUUUGCGGAUUACGCAAAGGUGCUAUUUACUCUUUUCGGUGAUCGAGUCAAGACUUGGCUGACUAUCAACGAGCCAUUAAUUACGUGCGCAGCCGCAUACGGUAAAAACACCGGCUUUGCCCCAGGAAUUAGCGAUCCUAAUUACGGAGCUUUUUUAUGCGCUAAGAACACUUUGCUGGCCCAUGCGCAUGCCUGGAGAAUUUAUGAUGUGAUGUUUAAACCAAAAUAUCGUGGUAAAGUGAGUAUUGUGAACCAGAUAUUCUGGAUGGAGGGGCAAAGUGAGAAGGAACGGAAACUAGGGGAGCUCACCUUUAGUUUAAAUGUAAGCACAUUGCAAAAGGUAAUUUAUACAUAUCCAGUAUUUUCAAAGAACGGUGGAUGGCCCGCGGAGAUAGAAGAGAUAAUCUCCACCAACAGUAAAAACGAAGGUUUUAGCUUUUCUAGACUGCCACCAUUCACUACAGAGGAAAUUAAUUUUAUAAAAGGUAUUUUUAAAACAUUGUUACGAGCUAGAGGAUCGGAUAGAAAAUGCCGUAGAUCUCAUCAAGGGUUUAUUUCUAAAUAA